AUGAAAUCGUCUUCGUCUCGUCCAACGAACGUGGGUAUGACACCUCGACAGGAUCCUCUAACGUUUGAGGUCCUUCCUCAAGAAGGUUUGAAGAAUGAAAAUAUCGAAUUUAUCCUUGGUAUGCCUUUGAACCAGGCGAGUUUUCGCAUGUGUUUUCCAGUGUUUGAUUCAGCUUCAGUCACCUGUUUUGUGACCAAUUUGUUCCAGGAUCCGCUCGGGCGCGAUAUUUGUGCGUAUUUGGGCAACGAUGGAAUUCGGCUAGUAUUUCACCCCGUCACUCAACUGCUUCGAUUGAUCGAGGUCGACAAUCCUUUCACAAAUCGUGCUCAAGUAUAA